AUGGUUCUCAGUAUUAGAGAAGCAACAACUGAAGUUGCAAUCAUUGUAAACGACGAAGGAUUACAGCAAUCAGCUAUUAAAUAUAUUAUGAAAUCAUAUGCAUGUGCGAUUGUCGGUACACUACUCGCAUUGGUCAGCAUUCCCGUCUUUAUAAUUGUGGUGAAUGAUAAAGCACUGAGGUUAUUCGAUUUAUCUUAUAAAGAUAUCAUGAAAAUGAGCACUGAACAUAGUACGGGUGAACAGUUUCUUCAGAAAAAUCUCCGAGAAUAA